CCUUCAAGCGCGGUGGCGGCGCCCGGCGCGGAGCAGCCGCGCGUUACGCCGCCCGUUACCGGUCGCGGUUUAAGCCCGGUGCUUCGAUAGAACGCGCUCCUCCCGGUAUCUAGGCCGAUCUAGACGACCCGCGGGAUCAGCUUUUAAAACUCAAUCCGGAGAAAGAGAGGCGAGGCGUAGGCGAGGCGGGAAGGCCGGGCCCGGCACGCCGUGACAGGCUUCGCGGCGCUGAGGGGCGGAGCGCGCGCGCCUGUCCGCCGCCGAGCGCUUCCAUAAAGAUUUGUUGAGGGUGGGGGGGGGCGGAGGAGGCGGGCGCUGUCCCCGCCCGGCGCCCCAAUAAAGUUUGACUCGAAGCCGGCGAGCGCGUCAUCGGGCGGCGCGGCUCUCGCGAGAAGACGAGCGCGGCUUUUCCUCCGCUUCCCCCCCCCCCCCCCCUUAUUUCCUCCGUGAGGUCUCGCGGGAUCCAGCGGGCACAACCGGCCGGUGAGGGCGGAGGGCGGCGGCGUUCUCGCGAGAGGCGGCCGAGUCUCGCGAGAGUUGGCGGGUUGCCCCCCUUGGACGCGGAGCCGUUUCGCUUUGGGAAGUGAGCGGGGGGGGGGGGGGGCGGCGGCGGCGCCGGGCCAGGCUAGGCUAGGCCUAGGCCGGGUCGGUUACGGGAGGCGGGGGGGGGGGGAAUCGGCGGGAGGCGGCGUCGCCCCUUGGGCCUUCCGGCUGUGAGGGAUCCGUGCGGCGGCCCGCGGAACCCCGGACGCCCGGUGCUGAGGGGGUGGGAAGGGAUCGCGGGCCCAGGCCCCGCCUUCCCGGGGCGCCCCCGCGGCGGCGCUGCCCUCCGGGCCUGGGCCCUUCGGAUGAGGUAGUGAGGCCGGUGCCCUUCCCCCUCCCCUCCCGGUUCCUGCCCACCCACCCCAGCGCCCCCCCCCCCCCCCACUUUCCGCCUCCUCCGGGGCUUCGAGGCGCCGCGGGGCCGCGCUCCCUGCCCCGCUCCCCAUGUAGGAGGGGGCUGUUGGCGGCAGGGAGGGCCGAGGCCGGGGUGAAUGGUGCAAGGAGCGGGCGCUGAGGAAGUUUGAAGUUUUGGGGGUUUUGGAGGAUUCCCCCCCCCCCUCCCCUCUCUCGAGCACAGUGGAGGAGGAAUGCCAAAUCCGGAGAGACAUGGGGGCAAGAAGGAUGGGGGCGGCGGGGGGUCCUCGCAGCACGGGCCUGGCAGCGGGAGUUCGAACAGCAAGGAGAGGCACCGGCUGGCCUCCAGGCACAAGAGGCAUAAGUCCAGGCACUCCAAGGAGUCACCGCUGGCAGCCCAGGAGACAGCGGCACCCUUGGGCGCGAUGAUCAAGCCGCUGGUGGAGUACGAUGACAUCAGUUCGGAUUCGGAUACCUUCUCGGAUGAUGUGGCCCUCAAGCUGGACAGGAGGGAGAAUGAGGAAAGGAAAGCGGACAGGAGCGAGAGGAUACAGAAGCACCGGCACCACCAGCACAAGCGCAUUCGUGAGCUGAUGAAGAGCAAACAGGCAGAAAAAGAGAGAAAGUUAGAGAAGAGCCUGGAGGCAUCCAGCAGGUCCGGGUCCACCAAGGACAGAGUAUCGGGAUCCUCCAAGAGACUCCUUGAGAGCGAGGAGCACCCCAAGUCACUGUCCUCAAAGAGUAGCAACAAGGAAUCCCGGUCAGCCAAAGCGCACAAGGAGAAAUCCAGGAAGGAUCGGGAGCUCAAGUCCAGCCACAAAGAGCGCAGUAAAAGCCAUCGGAAAAGGGAUGCUCCAAAAAGUUACAAAACAAUCGACAGUCCGAAGCGGAAAUCCAGAAGUCCUCACAGAAAAUGGUCUGACAGCCCUAAAUUGGACGACAGCCCCUCAGGAGCCUCCUACAUCCAGGAGUACGAUCUCAGCCCUCCCCGCUCUCACACAUCCAGCAACUAUGAUCCCUAUAGGAAGAGCCCCGGCGGCUCCUCGCGCCGGCAGUCGAUCAGCCCACCCUACAAAGAGCCCGUGGCCUACCAGUCGAAUACUCGCUCUCCCAGCCCUUACAGCCGGCGGCAGAGGUCCAUAAGCCCCUAUAACAGGAGGCGAUCCUCGAGCUAUGAGAGAGGCAGCGGGUCGUACAGCGGGAGGUCACCGAGCCCUUACGGCCGACGGCGUUCGAGCAGCCCGUUUGCCGCGAAGCGCUCUGUGAGCCGAAGCCCCAUCGCCAGGAAGUCUGUGAAGUCCCGAAGCCGGAGUCCUGGGUAUUCAAGACACUCAUCAUCUCACAGUAAAAAGCAGAGGUCUGGGUCACGCAGUCGCCAUUCCAGUAUAUCACCGACAAGGCUACCGCUGAACUCCAGUCUGGGGGCAGAACUCAGCAGGAAGAAAAAGGAGCGAGCGGCAGCAGCAGCAGCUGCAGCCAAGGUGGAUGGGAAGGAAGCAAAGGGCUCACCUGUUUUCCUGUCUAGAAAGGAGAACAGCUUAGCUGAACUUAAGGAAUCUGGAACAGAAUCAAAAAAGGUCAUCAAAACUGUUAAAUCUGAAAAAUCGUCUUCAGAUACAGAAUUAGUGAAUUUACUGUAUACGAAUGCAGAGACUAAAGCCCCUGCAGAGACAACAAAAAUCAAGGCAGAGGAGAACUCUGAGAGGAAACAUCCUGUUCCAGUUAGAGAUUCGAAACAGACGGGAACAAAAGACUUGAAGCCUGUAGCAGUAGUAGAGGACCUACUAUCUCCAAAAGAGACAGACACAUCAGAGAAGGAGAUUCCACCCCCACUACCCUCAAUAAAAUCACCUCCUCCACCUCUGCCGACAACCACACCACCACCUCCAACUCCGCCGUUGCCGCCUUUGCCUCCAUCACCUGCUGUUCCACCUUUGCCACCAUCCCAACUGACUCCCGUUCAGGUCCCUACUUCAGCCCCAACGUCUUUGCCAUCUUCUUCCCACCCAAGGACGUCUACUUUAUCCUCUCAGGUGAACUCUCAGUCCUCUGUCCAAGUCGCUACAAAAACACAAGUGUCUGUGACGGCUGCUAUCCCACACCUGAAAACUUCAACGUUGCCUCCGCUUCCGCUCCCCCCUAUUUUAGUUGGGGAAGAUGACUUGGAUAGUCCAAAAGAGAUUCUUCCUCCAAAACCUGUGAAGAAAGAUAGAGAGCAGAGACCACGACACUUACUCACGGACCUCCCGCUCCCUCCAGAGCUCCCUGGAGGGGACCCAUCUCCUCCUGACUCCCCGGAACCAAAGGCAGCCACACCACCUCAGCAACCGUUCAAAAAGAGACCAAAAAUCUGUUGUCCUCGGUAUGGGGAGAGGAGACAGACGGAAAGCGACUGGGGGAAGCGUUGUGUGGACAAGUUUGAUAUCAUUGGAAUUAUUGGAGAAGGGACGUAUGGGCAGGUGUACAAAGCCAAGGACAAGGAUACAGGUGAAUUGGUGGCUCUCAAGAAGGUGCGACUGGACAAUGAAAAGGAAGGCUUCCCUAUCACAGCCAUCCGCGAGAUCAAAAUCCUUCGGCAGCUGAUCCACCGCAGUGUUGUUAACAUGAAGGAAAUUGUCACGGACAAACAAGAUGCACUGGAUUUCAAGAAGGACAAAGGUGCCUUUUACCUUGUGUUUGAGUACAUGGACCAUGACCUAAUGGGGCUGCUAGAAUCUGGCUUGGUACAUUUCUCAGAGGACCAUAUCAAGUCUUUCAUGAAACAGUUAAUGGAGGGUCUGGAUUAUUGUCACAAAAAGAAUUUCCUUCAUCGAGAUAUUAAGUGCUCCAACAUCUUAUUGAACAACAGUGGGCAAAUCAAACUUGCAGAUUUUGGACUCGCCCGACUCUACAGCUCAGAGGAGAGCCGUCCAUACACAAAUAAAGUCAUUACAUUAUGGUAUCGACCUCCAGAAUUGCUGCUAGGUGAGGAGCGUUACACACCGGCCAUAGAUGUGUGGAGCUGUGGCUGUAUCCUCGGGGAACUGUUUACAAAGAAGCCUAUUUUUCAAGCCAAUCUGGAACUGGCUCAGCUUGAAUUAAUCAGCCGGCUCUGUGGGAGCCCCUGUCCAGCAGUGUGGCCAGAUGUCAUCAAGUUGCCCUACUUCAACACUAUGAAACCGAAGAAGCAAUACCGAAGGCGCCUGCGUGAGGAGUUCUCCUUCAUUCCUUCGUCUGCUCUUGACCUGCUGGACCACAUGCUGACGCUAGACCCUGGCAAGCGCUGCACAGCAGAACAGGCCCUGCAGAGUGACUUCCUUAAGGAUGUUGACCUCAGCAAAAUGGCACCUCCAGACCUUCCCCACUGGCAGGAUUGCCAUGAGCUGUGGAGCAAGAAACGCCGACGGCAGCGGCAAAGCGGGAUUGCAGUGGAGGAGCCGCCAUUAUCAAAAGUUUCUCGGAAAGAAACUACCUCUGUUACAAGCACAGACACUGUCAAAAACAACAGCAGUCCUGUGCACCCACAGCCUGCCCAGCUCAAAACAGAGUCUGGUGCUGGAGAUGCAGUAGGCCUUGGAGAAAUCACCCAGCAGCUGAAUCAGAGCGAACUAGCUGUUUUACUGAACUUGCUGCAGAGCCAGACUGAUCUGAGUGUCCCACAGAUGGCCCAGCUGUUGAAUGUACACUCUAACCCAGAGAUGCAGCAGCAGCUGGAGGCUCUCAACCAGUCCAUCAAUGCUCUGACAGAAGCUACAACUCAGCAGCAUGAGUCUCAGGCAGCAGCAGCAGCAGCAGAGGAAGCCAUAGAAGAGCCACCCACAGAGGCCCAGCUACCGGAGGAGCAGGCGACUCCAGAAACAGCCAGCGCUCAGGGAGAUAUGCAGAAUGUGCUGGCUGUUCUGCUGAGUCAGCUAAUGAAGAGCCAGGAGCCUGUUAUAACCCUGGAGGAGAGCAAUGGGGAGAAGAGCAGUGAGCAACGGGGGCCAAGGAAAACCCCUACAAUGCAUCCAGAGGAAAGUACAGCAUGUCCUCCUCGCAUUCUCCCACCAGAGAAGAGACCCCCUGAGCCCCCUGGACCGCCUCCACCGCCGCCUCUGUCCGAAGGCGAUCUCUCCAGCGCAGCCCAAGAGUUGAACCCGGCCGUGACGGCUGCGCUGCUGCAGCUCUUUUCCCAGCAAGAGUCGGAGUCGCUCAGCCACGCGACACAUGAACACCAAGCCUCGAGAGCCGCGGACUACGGCAGGUCCCACUCCUCCAGGACUUACAGCACCGAGGGCUCAGAGGGGGGAUUUGGUGCCGAGGAGCUGAAUUCAGGCCAGACGCUACUAGAACCCUCUGCCCAGCCUCUGGGGAAAAGCAGGACCUUCUUGGGCUCCGUGAGCCACCUUGGGGAGACGAGCAAUUACCAGGGCACAGGAUCUGUCCAGUUUCCAGGGGACCAGGACCUCCGCUUUGCCAGAGUCCCCGUCGCCAUACACUCGGUUGGGCAAUCUUUUACAAAACCCGAGGGGAGCAACAACACGCUGGUACAUCCAGAGGCCAAAAUUCAGAAUUACGGCGAGCUGGGACCGGGGACGGCCGGUUCCAGUGGGGCAGGAACAGGUCACAGCUGGGGUGCCCCAACCCAGGCGACUUCUUCUUAUGGGAAGGCGUACCGUGGGCCUGGCAGAGUGCCUCCACGGGGGGGACGGGGGAGAGGGGUUCCUUACUGAGAGAUGCGCCUUUCGCACCGGUCCUCCCCUCCCUCGCCUCUCCACCUUUAGCAACAUGACUUUUUUUUUUUUUUUUUUUUUUUUUUCCCAGAGCAAGGUCUCGUCUGCAUUUCAGCUGCUGCAAAGCUCCCUGUUGUAUUCCUUGCUAGGCUGCCGGUGGGCGCCCUGUGACUUACUGUAGGGUCCCCAGUUGGGUGUCUCGCUGGCCAAAACCUCUCGCGCUUGGUUAGUGACAAAAAAACAAAAACAAAACAAAACAACCACCCCACCGCAAACGACGGUGAGCUUUCUGCCCUGAGCCAGCAGAGGGGGGGGAAUUCUUUAAAAAUAGGAAUGAAAGAAACCCAACCACGUGGGAAGAAGGAAAUUUAAAAAAUGUUUCACAAGCUGUGUGCCAGUGCUUCUCGGUGGGGGAAGCGUGGGGCAGUGUUCAGGUAGGGCUGGGGGAGAGUCUGGUUCCCAAAGCAAAUUUGGGGGCGGUUGUUUUUUUUUUUUUUCCCCCCCAAUUCCCUGAAAAGAGAGAAAGAAAAAAAAAAAAAGGAGGAAAAAAAAAAGAAAGAAAGAAAUGGGAAUAUAUUGGUGGAGGGGCACCUGGAUCAGCUGUCCUGGCUGUGGAGACCCAGGAUGUGGCACUGGCUUGUACUCAAUUUAUCUGACAUUGCUUUCUUUCAGUAAAGUGUCCAGCUGACCCUCUCCUCCGGCUCUGCUCUGUGCUGAGGCUGCGAGCCCUGCCUGGGCAGCUCCGGGUCCAGGUCCUGUCUCUUUUGACGGUAGCCUUAGUAAAUUGGCUUUUGUGAAGGGUCUCUUUGGAUUUUGUAUCUCUCCUGCCAUAACUUUGCAGUGGGAAUUGUCUUUUUUUUUCUUUUUUUUCUUUUUUUUUUUUUUUUAAGAGCUGAAGAGAACACCUCACUUAAAAAAAAAUAUGUAUUUCUUUGUAAUUCUUAUCUUCCAAAACACUUUAAGAAUUAAAGAAAAAAGGAAAAAAAACAACUUCUGGUGGGGAAUUGCCACCAGGUAGGAGUGUCUUUUGUACCCGGCAUCCUUCUGGGCUGGUGUUGCGUGUCCUGAUGGGGCUCAGUUGGGCUCUCCAAGCAGCAUCUCAGUACUUUGAGGCUUACCAGGUGUUAAUGUAUCAUUUCUAUAAGCAUAUAUAUUUUUGUUGUUGUCAAGGAAGUAUUUACAAUGAAUUUUCUCCUCCCGCAGAACGUUGCGAUGUUGUCCAUUUCAAUGAGACUUAAACAAAAGAGAUGAAUAAAACAAAGGUACAUAUUUAUGAGCUUUUUUUUUCUGAGUAGGCCUUUCCUAUGGAAAACAUAUGGUGGUUCUUUUAAUUUUAGGGACGACAGUGUUCUGAAGUGUUGAAUGGGUGGGAGUCUGGGGGGCCGAGAGACCUUCUUCCUUCUAACAGGCUUUGAUUUAAUUUCUUUUUAUACAGAGAGAUAAAUUUAAAAUAAAAAUAAAAAUGCACCUGAAUAGGUGGUGCUUCUCGAACUGGGGAAAACCUGCCUUACACAGCCAGACCUACGGCUGCACCCACUGGCUUUGCUGUGGGAGGAAGCAGGGGAGAGAAAAUAAAAAAAACUAAAAAAAAAUAUAUAUAUAUAUAUACACACUGCUGGUAAUGUACAAGGCCUCUGCGUGAGCAGGGACCAGGGACUCUCGUAGUGUUGAGUCAGCACUGAGGAGCAACACCGUUUGCAAAAUUCCAAGUGUAAUUUUGUUGGGUUUGGGGGUUUUUUUGGGGGUUUUUGUUUUUUUGGGUUUUUUUUUUUACUUGCCAGUUCAUGCCUGAUGUGCAGGAAAAAAAAAGUUCUGUAAGAUGCAGAGUGCACUAAAUAAACCAGUCACCUCUU